AUGAGCCCGUCGGCCGCGCCAACCCCGUCCUGGACGAAGCGCCCGACCGGUGCCGCCGCGACUCUCCGCGCGAUGCCGAGGGAGGUCUUGGGUCGCCUUAGGGCCAAGCUUGAGAGCUGGGGGAAGGGCUUCGUCGUGGCCGGCAUCUUCCACGCGGGCUCUGGGGUCUGCCUGGCUGGGGUCGACAGCUGCCGAUCGCAGUCGUCCACUGCCCACGUAGCAGUCAGGGUCUGCUCCACCGAGGCAGAUGCACAGAAGCGCGUUCUACGAAGCCGUCGCAGUCCUGCCGAUCUCGACGUUUCGUCUCGUCUUCCCCAAGGUCGCCGCCGCUCCUCGCCCUGUUGUUGUUCAAAGGUCGAGACAAACACGUGCACCACAGGCGAAUUCGACUCUUCAGCCUCAAGCAAGUUGCUCCUGCCCUGCACCACACGUACCUGCCCUCUCACUGCCGCCGCCAUGGGCACCGAAGACAUUGAGACGCACGACACGCCCCGCGCGGGACCCGGCGAAUCGUCGUCUCUCAAGGGCCUCACCGACGUGCAAGUCGGCCGCAGCGAGCUCAGCGAUGCCAUCCCCCCCGACCACAAGUACGAGGGCCGCCACCGAUGGGAUCCCACUGCGACGUGGACCGAGGCCGAGGAGAAGAGCGUCAUUCGCAAGACGGACCUCUGCCUGCUGACCUGGCUCUGCGUCAUGUUCUUCGGUCUCCAGCUCGAUCGCGGCAAUCUGUCCAACGCGCUGGCCGAUGACUUCCUCACCGACAUGAACCUCACGAGCGACGAUUACAACAACGGUACCACCAUUCAGCUCGUCGCCUUCCUCGCCGCCGAGUUCCCCGUCCAGCUGUUGACGAAGCGCUACGGUUUCCGCUACGUGCUGCCCACCAUGAUGUUCGCCUGGGGCACCGUCUCGUGGGCGCAGGCCUGGAUGCACAACCGCACCGGCUUCUACAUCACCCGCGCCCUCAUUGGUUUCUGCGAGGGCGGUUUCAUCCCCGGUGCCAUCCUCUUCGCCACCUACUUCUACACCUCCAAGGAACUGUCCAUCCGCCUCGCCGCUUUCUGCAGCAACCACUUCAACGAGCGCACCUUCCACUGCUUCGUCGGCGAGUUCUGGGUCAUGCCGCUGCUCAUUGCCCUGCUGACCAUCUCGGACGGCGGCCAGGAGUGGGCGCGCUUCACCCUCGUCACCCUCAUCUCCGGGUACCCCUACUUCCACCCGAUUGUCACUUCGUGGAUCUCGGAAAAUACCUUUGACGUGAAAAAGCGAGCCAUCGCUGCCGCCACCUACAACGUCAUUGUCCAGAUGGGCAGUCUCAUUGGCAGCCAGAUCUACCGCUCCUACGACGGCCCUUACUUCAAGCAGGGCAACAAGGUACUUGUCUCCAUCUGCGCCUUUGCCCUCGUCGUCUUCGUUGCCCAGCGCCAGGUCAUUGUCUACCUCAACGGCAAGAAGGAGAAGAAGUGGGCCGCCAUGUCCGACGAGGACCGUCACAUCUACCAGAACGAUGUGCAGGCCCGCGAGGUGGACGGCAACAAGCGUCUUGACUUCCGCUACACCUACUAG